UAACAACACAACACCAAAGAUAAAUAGAACAAUCAUACCAAAACAUAAAUUAAAAAUAUUUUCAAGAAAGUAAAAAAGAAUUUUUAUAGCUGUAAGCAAUAUGACUAGCCAGAAGCAAAUUCUGGAUCAGCAACAACAAUUACAAAUGCAAAAAUUGAAGAAUUCAGGUAUUAUGGUUACCAAUACCGUUAGAAGUCCAGCAAAAGAGGAUAAAGAUGAUGAAAUUUCAAGAUCCGCAUUGGCUAUGUUUCGUGCCAAAGAAGAAGAGAUUGAGAGGAAGAAAACGGAGGUUAAAGAUCGGGUUCAGGCUCAGUUGGGGCGAGCCGAAGAAGCUGCGAAACGCUUAGCUGAGAUACGUGAGGAGCUUGAAGAUUUAUCAGAUCCAUUGAGGAAGGAAGUUUCAAUGGUGCGAAAGAAAAUUGAUAUACUUAACCGAGAGUUGAAGCCUCUCGGAUUCACCUGCCAUAAGAAGGAGAGGGAGUAUAAAGAAGUACUUGAAGCUUUUAAUAAGAAGAAUAAGGAAAAGUCACAAUUAGUCUCCAAACUGGUAGAGCUGGUGAGUGAAAGUGAAAGAUUGAGGAUGAAAAAGCUGGAGGAGUUGAGCAAGAACAUCGAAACUCUUCACUAAUUAAACGCGCUAAACAUAAUAUUAAUAUUAAGGGUUAAUCUUAUUUUAAUACCAAAUUUUUGCUAGUUUUAUCAGUUAUAAUCAAAUUUUUCAAAAUCAUCAGGACUAGCCCAUUUUAGAAUAUUCAGAAUCUACCCAUUUAGGCUAAUCCUACAUGUAAUAAUUUAGAGUUAAAUUCAAAAAUUGGCUAUAAAAGAUUUUGAAUAUCUAAAAUGGGCAAAUUUUGACAAUUUUAAAAAAUUUGGUUAUAACUGACAAAAUUCUCAAAAGUUUGCUAUUAAAAAAAGAUCAGCCCUAAUAUUAAUGGUAACACAUAUGUUCAAGCUUGAUUUAACCAGAAUCUUGUUCCAUGUUUGGUGCAUACUCUUGUGAUUUUCUAUUUGUAUUGUAAUAUCCUUUCUCAGUGUUUCUUGAUUGGGUAAUUGAUUAUAGGGGUCAAUGUACUUUUCAAGAAUUGCAAAAUGGUGACCGAACUUCAAAACGUAACAAAUUGGUUACUAAACUUUCAAAUAUGUGAUUUUGGAAGGUUUUUUAGUGUUUUACGGUCAAAUUAUACAUACGUAGUAAUCAAAUUUUGAUUAUUUAUAACAAAUAAUAUCUUAUAUUUCAUAUAUACACACAAUCAACAAAAAAUCGACUUGAAAUAAUUUUCUUCGGUAACCAAAAAUCCUUCUAUCUUAACAUAACCAAAUAGUAUAGUAACUAAAAUGUUACGUUUUGAAGUUCGGUCACCAUUUUGCAACUUUUUACAAGUACAGUGACCUCCAAAAUCAAUUAUCCUUCUUGAUUAUUUGUAAGUUUGCUGAUGUAGGAAAAGAAAAUUAUUCUCCAAACAGCUUUUCAACUAAAUUCAUUAUUUUUCAAGAUUUUUAAUCUCUCACUAAUUUUUGUAUCCAGUUGUAAGAUAUAUGUUCGUUCAAUCAUGAAAUUGAAAUUUGCAUUUGGUAGAUA